UGCCAAACUCCAAAAAAAAUAUCGCCAACGUCUAUCACGACGACGAUAUCCCCCCUCCCUCCCCAUCUGAGCCCACUCCGCCACGACCACCCCUUCCACAUAGGCAUACCGAGUAAGACGCAGAAAAAGUAUCCCGCACAUCAUCACAAUGGCAGCUCCCGUGGGACCCCUCCCGCAGGUGAAGCUGCCCUCGGGCCCGUCCCCCGUGACGGCCGAGCAGCGCUACUGGAAGUCCUUCAAGAACCAGCUCCAGAUUCCCUCGCCGACGUCUUACCCAAUCACUCACAUCUCGUCGACUUCGGCGGACGGCCUCUUCGCCGUCACCACCGGCACCCGCGUGCAACUCUACUCGUCGCGCACCCGCAAGCUCGAAAAGACCAUCACACGUUUCGCCGACGUCGCCCGCUCCGGUUCCCUGCGCCGCGACGGCCGCGUGCUCGUCGCUGCCGAGGACACCGGGCGCAUGCAGGUAUUCGACACCCACUCGCGCUCCAUCCUCAAGACCUGGACCAAGCACCGCCAGCCCGUCUGGGCCACGCGCUUCUCCAACACCCAGCCCACGACGCUGCUCUCCGCCUCCGACGACAAGACCGUCCGCCUCUGGGACCUCACGGCCAACGACCCGACGCAUACCUUUGUGGGCCACGCCGACUACGUCCGUUGUGCCGAGUUCUUCCCUGCCACGUCUCCCUCCGGCGCGAGCAACAUGGUCGUCUCGGGCUCCUACGACUCCACCGUUAAGAUCUGGGAUCCCAGAAUAGGCUCCAACGCGGCCGUCAUGACCUUCAAGCACGCCGCCCCCGUCGAGUCCGUCCUGCCCCUGUUCUCGGGAACCACCCUGCUCGCUGCUUCGGGCGCCAACGUCUCCGUCCUGGAUCUCGUCGCCGCCCGCCCCAUCCACCAGAUCUCCAACCACCAGAAGACCGUCACCUCCCUCAGCCUCGCCUCCAACGGCACCCGCCUCGUCACCGGCGGCCUCGACGGCCACGUCAAGGUCUUUGAGACGACGGCCUGGAACGUCGUCUCCUCCACCAAGUACCCCUCGCCCAUCCUCUCCCUCCGUGUGCUCUCGGCCUCCGACUCCCCCGACCACGCCGACCGCCACCUCGUCGUCGGCAUGCAGUCCGGCGUGCUCUCCAUCCGCACGCGCCUCACCGGCCCCGAGGCCACCCGCCAAAAGGAGCGCGAGCGCGAGAUGGCCGCCCUCAUCGCCGGCACACUCGACCAGCACGACCGCGUCACCAAGACGCGCAAGCGCAAGGUCGCUGCCCACCGUCGCCUCGAGGCCCUCGGCGAGGGCCAGGCCGAGGUCAUCGUCGCUCAGGACGCGCGCGUCUCCCGUACCAAGGAGACAGCGUGGCAGAAGGCGCUGCGGCACGGGCGCUACGCCAGCGCGCUGGACCAGGUCCUCGACCCACAGGGCAAGGACCACUCGCCGCUCGCGGUGCUGACGCUGCUGCUGGCGCUGCGGCACCGGUCGGCGGUGCGGGACGCGCUCGAGGGCAGGGACGAGAGGACGGUGCAGCCGGUGCUCAAGUGGACGUGCAACCACAUCAUCGACCCGCGGUACGUCAGCGUCUGCGUCGAGGUCGGCCUGGUGCUCGUGGAGCUGUACGCCGAGUACGCCGCCGCGAGCGCGGAGCUGUUCGAAGGCUUCCGGACACUGAGGCGCCGCGUCGGGAACGAGGUCGAAAAGGCGCAGCUCGCGUGCGAGACGGGCGGCAUGGUCGAGAGCCUGAUGAUGGGGUCUGCCUAGUGGGACGGUUUCUGAAUCGGGAUGGUUUUGAUUUCUGUUUUUUUCUCCCUUUUCUGGGUUUAGAUGUUUUGUGUGACGUACGAGGUUGUUCUGGGCAAUCCUCGGUUGACCGGUGCGUAUACCAGGCCUCUCAGGUUUCUCGAAGGAAUCGGAGAUGACAACGACGAGGUUUGUGCCUUGUCAAGAAAAGGGGCGGGAGAGAGGGGAUGGAAGGAGGGACCACGAUCCGUCCCCCGGCGGAGGGAUGUCCGAUUGUGGAAAUCGUACCUUGUUGGUCACUGAUGCAUUGCGAUGGCGUUGGGGGAUCAAGGAAAAACAAGAUAAAAGAGACGAGGAAGAAUAAUUGUGUGUUGAUAUAGAAUGUGCCCAACCUAUCUAUCUACCUUACCCGAAUACGCCGUUAGAGGCGGGCCGGACAUUCAAAAAUCAGAAUAUCAUCCAGGUCUCUCUGGGUCCAAGCUAC